AUGGCAGCUAUACCGUCUCAAGCCUCAAGCCUCUCCAAAGACCUUAGUCUGCCCGGCCAAUCUCAAACCGCCACAAUCCCGCGGCUGGUCUACGGUACCGCCUGGAAAAAGGACAACACCUCGGAUCUCGUCUACACGGCCCUGAAAUCCGGCUUCCGGGGCAUCGACACGGCAGCCCAGCCGCGACACUACCAGGAGCACCUCGUGGGCGAUGGAGUCCGGCGUGCAAUCGUCGACGGCCUCGUAAGGCGCAGAGACAUCUUCUUGCAAACCAAGUUCAGCCCCACGGGAGCCCAGGAUCUGGACAAUAUGCCAUACGACGCCGACGCGCCGCUAGCGGAGCAGGUCAAGUCGUCCAUUGCCUCCUCGCUGCGAAAUCUGGCGCCGUCGGGCGCGGCGGAGGAGGAAGCAUACCUGGACAGUGUCGUCUUGCACUCGCCCCUUGAGAGCAUCGAGGAUACCAUUGUUGUCUGGAAGACGUUGUCAAAAUACGUACCUGACCGCAUUCGGCAUUUGGGCAUCUCCAACACCCCCCUCGAGAUCGUGAAAUACUUGCUCGAGGCACCAGAUAUCAGAACCAAGCCCUCUGUAGUGCAGAAUCGGUUUCAUGGCCAGACAGGGUAUGAGUCGGAGCUUCGUGCGCUCUGCCGGCAGCACGGUAUUGUGUUUCAGAGUUUCUGGACCCUUUCAGGCAACCCGCGCUUGCUAAAGAACAAGAUAGUCGGCACGGUUGCGGACUCUGCAGGUGUGGAGAAGGAGGUGGCGUACUAUUCCUUGGUCUUGGGACUAGAGGGGAUCACUAUCUUAGAUGGUACGACAAGUCAGUCACACAUGAAGACAGACUUGGGAGGAAUCGAAGCGGUAGGCCGGUGGGCUGAAGAUGAAGGUAAGGAUGUAUGGACUAGGUCCUUGCAAGAGUUCAGAGCGCUGGUAGGGGAUGUUUAA